AUGUCGAACGACAACUCAAGCAACGGACAAUCCCACGAGCGUCGUGGCUCUGUCACCUCUGCUGCCUUCUCCAACCUAUUCCACCGUAGUAACUCGGUUUCAGCCUCUGGGAAUGGAAGUGGUGGUCGUGAGUCCGUGUCAGCUGCUGCCGCGCGGGAUCAACGUCGACGACUCUCUGUAACCACGCUGGGCCUGUCAGGUUCCUCACCGUCGUCAGCAACCACUCCCUUUGGUAUUCGCCGGGGCAGCAUCUCCACCAACUACUCAGAUUCCAUCGACGAAAAUGCAAUUGAUGACGAUGAGCCGGCUAAGAUGCCAACCACCUCCCCCUUUGCUCGUCGCACAAGCUUUGGUGCUCAGGCCAUGCGCAACAUGCGAACUGGCCAAACAAGUCCCGGUUCUGGUAGGCCAACCCAACGGGCUAGACGAACCUCCUUUGCAGCCCCACGCCCAUCACCACCUUCCAGUACUUCAUCCUUCGCUUCCAGGAGGAUGAGCGUCUCUCAGGCAAGCAACACACUAUCCGCAAGAACAGCUUCUGACAUGCUUUCCGCUCGCUCAGACAACGGUUACAAUUGGACUGAGCAGCUUAGAUCUCGUGCUGAAAGCAGCGUUACCGGCCACCGUCCUGCUUUUGGUCCCACAGCCAUACCUGGCUCGCCCCCGCGUCCUACACCUCAUGACCGUGCCAAGUCAGUCUCUGACAUGCCAACACCGCCGAGACAGCCUGAGGUUAUGAAGUCCAGACAACCCGAGCGGCCAAAGCCAGACUAUAUGCAGGAGCGUAUCCUCAAGGGCGAUUUCUACAUGGAUUGA